AUCGUGUUAUUCCUUAUAGCGAUGUGCCUUAUUUGUACAGUACUGUGUGGGAUCUGGGAAUGGGCCACUGGGCGCCAUUUCACUAUGUAUUUAAGCUGGGAUCGCGCAAUCGUACCAGAUGCGGAGCAAAAAUCAUCUGAACAAAUUGCCAUAAUAUCAUUCUUCAUGUUCUUCUCAUAUCUCAUUUUGCUCAACACUGUCGUGCCUAUUUCACUUUAUGUUAGUGUUGAGAUCAUACGAUUUGUUCAUUCGAUGUGGAUCAACUUCGACACCGAAAUGUAUUACAAAAAAGUAAGCAUACUUUUCAAGAGAUGA